AUGCAUCACCUCCUGGCACCCCCUGCAGACAAUGGCUCAAAAAUCACCAGUUAUGUUCUAGAAUGGGAUGAGGGGAAGAAAAACAGCAUUUUCCGUGAAUACUAUGUUGGACACCAGCGACACUGCAAACUAAUGAGGUUGUGCCCUGCUGUUGGCUACACGUUUCGAGUGGCAGCACUAAAUGAUAUUGGCACCAGUGGAUUCAGCACAGAAGUCCUCUUCUACACCACAGGAAGUCUCCCGCAGACGUCCUUACCUCCACGGCUGGUACAGGCAGGUCCGUCCUGGCUUACACUGGAGUGGACGCGACCAAACAGCUGCAGCACCGAGGAGGUGGUCACAUACACCCUGGAGAUGCAGGAUGAGACCAAGGGACUGGACUUCCAGGCAGUUUACAGCGGUUUGGAGCUGAACCGUAAGGUGGAGUCCCUAAGAAGGAACACACAGUACAAAUUCAGGCUCAUCACUUGUAGUGGAGAGUGUUGCAGUGCUCCAAGCUCUUUGUUCCUGUGUAAGACGACCCCAGACAGACCCGGACCCCCUGUGAAUCCUGCAGUAAACACUGUCACAUAUCACAGCUUCUGUGUGACGUGGGAACCUCCACAGGAUGAUGGUGGAUCCGGGGACUUGACGUAUGUCUUGGAGAUAUCAGAAGGGGAUUUAGAAGAGAGGCAGUGGACAACUCUCUAUAGAGGACCAGAGAGGAAACAUCUGUGUGAGGAUCGAAAACCAGCAACAAGCUACUCUCUGAGACUCAGCUGUGUGAAUGUGGGCGGCCAAAGCCAGUGCUCAGAUGACUUGACGGUGUGCACUCAUAUCCCGCCCCCUGGCCGCUGUCAACCCCCAAGAACCGUGGGUAAUGUCAAACACAAAGAGAUGACCUUGCAGUGGGAUGGUCCUUUGUGUGGUGAAGAGAGUGAAAAUGUGGAGUUUAGCUUGGAAAUGUGUGCAAUGGAGGAGGGUUCGGAGCCAAUGGAGGUGUACCGUGGAUGCAAAGCAGAGUGCACUGUGGGUAAUUUGCUCCCUGGCACCACCUACAGGUUCCAAGUUCGUGCAGCCAACAGUGUUGGGUACGGACCGUACUCCGAAUCAGUGGAAAUAAGCACGGCCGCUGGCCCCCCAGGCCAAUGCCGUCCACCUGCCAUCAAUGUGACGUCACACACCUGUGCAGAUGUGACCUGGGAGAACAAAGAGAGCUCUGGGAUAGACAUUUCUGAGUACCGGCUGGACUGGGGACAUGAUUUGGACUCUCUUGAACUGGUCUACAGUGGAACGGAAACCUACUUCCAAAUCUCCAACCUGGAGGCAUCUACGGACUACUGCUGCAGGCUACAGGCGGUGAACCAGGCAGGGGCGGGCCCCUACAGUGAUCUGGUGACGUGUCGGACCCCUGCGGCGGCCCCUGAUGUUGUAUCCGGAUUCUGUCUUGUUGACCACCCUCUGAACCCAACAGAGAGUGACCCCUUUUCCCACUCCACCUGUCUGGCCCUCACCUGGGACGAGCCUCGCUGUAAUGGAGCAGAAAUGACCUCCUACAGCAUCUCAGUGGGCGAUGACAGCAUCAUCACCGUGGGAAAUGUAACCUGUCACAUUAUCAGGGACCUGCUGCCGGACAGCGAGUACAGCCUGCAGAUAAGAGCAGAAAAUGAAAUGGGCCCCGGGCCCUUCAGUCAGACUCUGACGGUGAGGACCAGACCUCUUCCUCCAUCUCCUCCGCGGCUGGAGUGUGCAGCGGUCGGACCUCAGAGUCUCAAACUACGCUGGGGUUUCAGCAGCCGAAGUCAACUCACAGACGACACGACCUACGUCCUGCAGAUGGAGGACAGGAACCAGAGGUUUGUGGUGGUUUACCGAGGUCCAAGCCACACUUUUAAGCUGCAGAGACUGAGCGAAUCAAGCCGGUACCGUUUCCGGAUCCAGGCGGUGAGCGAAGCAGGCGAGGGGCCGUUUUCUGAGACGUACACCUUCUGCACCACCAAAUCUCUGCCACAGACACUGAAAGCCCCAAGAGUUAUUCAGCUAGAGGGAAAUGCCUGUGAGGUCACAUGGGAGAGUAUUCCACCAAUGAGAGGAGACCGAAUCAGCUAUGUGCUACAGAUGCUUGGAGGCAGAGAUGCUGAUUAUAAACAGGUGUAUAAGGGACAUGAGACGUCCUUCCAGCUCUCCGGGCUGCAGUGGAACACAGACUACCGCGUGCGAGUGUUUGCAUGCAGGCGCUGCACAGACACCCUCCAGGAGCUGUGCGGGUCCUUCAGCCCAUCCGCCCACUUCAACCUGCGGCGGACUGACGCCACACUGGCUGUGGAAGCGGACGUCACCAGGGUGCCCAUGGGCAACACCCUCACCGAUGAACAGUUUGCCGUCCUCAUUGUAUUUGGGGUGGCCUCUCUCUCUGUCCUAAUGGCAUUUCUGCUUCAGCUUCUGAUUUAGAGCCAUUCUCGUCUGUCCCUUCAGUUUUUAAACUACAGCUCGCAAAACAAUUAAUGCAAGUACUGUUCGGUCAUUGACCAAAUUACACCUUUUACACUUAAAAUUUCAUGUAUUUUUUUACAGGUUUUUCUAUAAGAUGAGUUACAGCUUUAACAAAUCAGUAAUGAUGAAAUGUACUGUUUGGGCAUCUGUGCCUUUUUUUUUUUUUAAGUUGAUAAUGCUGUGCAUAUUUUUAUAUUUAGUAUUUAGGAGAUUUUAACACUAAAGUAAUAAGUGUCCUUCCAGAUCUCAAGUUGGACUCUCAGAUGAAUAUCUGAGGUGGGGUUGUUUUAAUGGUUUUUCCUAUUUAUCUUUAAAUCAGUGUCUAGACAGCUAAGCGGCAUCAGUACUCUCGUUCCCAUAUCUGUGCCCCAGGAAAGUCUGUCUAAAAGCUUCUUAAAAGCUUUAUUCAUUCUCUCCUCUUUAAUUCGUCUUAAACACAAAAAAAAGAACAAGAAAAGUCAAAAGACACCUGUAUCUGUCAGGCCAAAGAGAGUCAAAUGACAGUUUUUGCAAUCAAUCAUCAAUGUACAGUGUUGUGAAGUCUGGAGUGUUUGUACCUCAGGGACUUGGGAGGGCCUUGAAAUCCACAGAUCCAAACUUUCAUGACAAAUAAUUUCAGAUCUGCUGCUUACAGUAUUUCAUUAACACUUUACCCUGGUCACAUUCUACAGUACAUGAUCGUGUUUACUAGCUCAAUAAGCCCUUAACCAAAGUUAGCCAGCAUUCAAGAUAUAACCGUUUUGUUAGAUUUAUUUAUGCUAUAUCCUUGUACUUUAUAAUGCAAAUCACAGUGCAAUCUACAUUUAUUUAUUACAAGAAUCAGAACUGUCAUAUUCAAUAUUUCCUUCAUGUAGCAUGUCUUUUUAUAAGGGGGUUAUGAAAAAUCUUUAUUCUUUUUUCCAAAUAUAGAACAUCAUUUUAACAUCAUUAACCUGUCUUAUUAAAGAUAUAAUAGUAUUGUUUAUAUUCUGUUUUUAAUUGUUUUUUUUAUUUUAAUGCUGUUUUUUUUUUUUAAUGGCUUUAGUUCAGAAAAUGUUCAUGUCUUAUAAUUUUUUUUGAUUUCCUACAAAUAUCGUAUCUUUUUUAUAUAUAUGUUUUUCUUUCUACUUCUUUUAAUCAUCUAUUCUUCAUUUAUUAGAAUAUAUAUGUAUUGUUGAAGUUUUUAGACAAACAUUCCAUUGCGUUCUGAUUAAAAGAAGUUGAAAUGACUUGACACUAGAAAACUUGAAGUGGAAACACUUGAAGAAAUCUUUUUAAGAACUUCAGACCCAGAAUAUUUUUAAGUAGAAAACAGAAAUACUUUUUUUGUUUGUUUUGAAUUAUUUUAGUUGCAUUUAGCUGGAUAUUAGGUAAUAAGUGGCCUGGACGUAGAUUUCCAUUCUUGCAUAUCGUUUCAUGAAAAUCAAUCCAUAUUACCAUUUUUUAAAACGGGACUGUCACAUUUAUUGAUGUAAAUUAUAAUCGUAGACAUUAUAUUUAAAAAAAACUACCAUAUCAAUUUAAAUGUAUAGAUAUUGAAACUACUACCCUUUGUAUUUAAGAUGAUUAUGUAUCUGUAGUAUAUAUGUAAUAUAUUUAUACACAAUAAAUUUUUAAACAUUUCUGAAA